UUCAGUUUCAGGGUUAACUGUAUGAGCUUAACAUUGUGAAAAUAUCAGAAAGCCAUAAAAUGAUGAAUACAGCGUAUAAAGUGAAUGGAAAUAUCGAUAAAAAAUUAAGAUUAGGCUCGACUGAUGAAGAAUUUUUUGAAAACCAUGUGCUUCAUACAGAUAACGAUAAGUAUACUUAUGAAACCAUUACGGAAACUGCAAAUUUUCUUCGACAACAAGUGCCAUUUAAACCUAUGGUAGGAAUUAUUUGUGGCUCUGGCAUGGGUGCGUAUUGGGAUGAAGGCUGCUUGGCAGACGCUCUGGAUGGGAAAAUAGAGUUUCCUUACGAAUCAAUUCCGCAUUUUCCUAGAAGUACGGUAGAAGGGCAUGUGGGAAAAUUAGUUUUCGGUCACUUAUCCGGAGUUCCUGUCGUGUGCAUGAAGGGUCGUUUUCAUUACUAUGAGGGAUAUCCAUUGUGGAAAUGCGCUAUGCCAGUACGGGUAAUGAAACUCCUAGGGGUGACUCAUUUGAUUGCGACGAACGCCGCAGGAGGCUUAAAUCCAAAUUUCAAAGUUGGAGAUAUAAUGUUAGUGAAAGAUCAUAUUAACCUCAUGGGAUUUGCAGGAAACAAUCCUCUACAAGGACCUAACGACGAGCGUUUUGGUCCGAGAUUUCCCCCUAUGAACACGGCUUAUAGCAGGGAAUUAAUCAGAGAGGCAAAAAAAGUUGCUAAAGAAUUAAAGAUGCAGGAUAUUAUCCACGAAGGCGUUUACACUUGUUUAGGCGGUCCCAACUUUGAAACAGUUGCGGAAUUAAGGAUGCUGAGCAUGUUAGGGGCUGACACAGUUGGCAUGUCAACCGUUCAUGAAGUUAUAACAGCCAGACACUGCAAUUUAACCGUCCUUGCAUUUAGUUUAAUUACUAAUAUGUGUAUAACUGAUUAUGAGAUAAGAGAUAAUCCUAAUCACGAAGAAGUCAUCGAUGUCGGAAAACAGAGGGAGGACGUCCUUAAGUUGUUUGUGCAAAAUUUGGUAAAACUUAUUUCAAAAUCAUGCAAAAAAUAAACGUGCAGUCAUCUCAGAAUGUUUUUCUGCU